AUGUCAAAGCUGGUCAUAUCAACGUCAAUCUUUCAAUCUCAAGUUGCAGAUUUACUCCCAUGCAACAAUCACCAAAAAUCACAACUAACAUAUUCUCUAUUAAACGCUUACAAUCUUCUUCAGUGUUUUGACAAUGUACUAUCGUUUCCAUAUGUUAAGAAGGCCGAGCUACUUGAGUUUCAUUCGAGAGAAUAUAUCGAUUAUUUGAUCAAUAGCAGAUUCAAUAAAAUGUUGCCGCAAGAUAUAAACGAUAACAUAGUAGAGGCUAAAUGGAGUGAGCUGAUUGAAAUGGCUGAUAACUGGAACGAAAAAGUUAACCACGAACCAUCACAAGAUCUUCAAAGGUUCACUUCAAGAGAAGAUCUCUAUAAUUAUUAUCAGAGUCAUUUAGCGACGCUUGAAAAUGGCAGCGACAGCGGUAGUGACGAUGACGUGAUAGUAGAUGACGGAACAACAGAUUCUUAUAUCCUAGACUCUAAAGCAAAACAGUAUAACUUAGAAGGAGAUUGCCCAAUUUUCUCGUACCUUCCUAUGUACUGUCAAGUGACUACGGGUGCGACUUUGAGGUUGCUGGAGCAUCUUUCACCGGCAGACCGUCUUAUAGGUAUAAAUUGGGAUGGUGGAAGGCACCAUGCUUUCAAACAAAGGGCAAGCGGAUUUUGCUACAUAAAUGACGUGGUAUUGUUAAUUCAAAGAUUGCGGAAAAUAAAGCUGAAUAAAAUCACCUAUCUUGACUUCGACUUACAUCAUGGUGACGGUGUGGAAAAGGCUUUUCAAUACUCUAAACAAAUACAAACAAUUUCAGUACAUAUUUACGAGCCUGGGUUUUUCCCUGGAACAGGCUCCUUAGAUGAUUCACGAGGGGGUAAGAACGUGGUUAAUAUACCUUUAAAGCACGGUUGCGAUGACAGUUAUUUGAAUUUGAUCGCAUCCAAAAUUAUCAACCCUCUAAUAGAUAAGCACGAUCCUGAAGUUUUAAUAAUUGAAUGUGGUGGUGAUGGGCUUCUAGGUGAUAGAUUCAACGAAUGGCAAUUGACUGUAAGAGGACUUUCUGAAACCAUCAUAAAUUUCAUAAAGAGAUAUUCACAAGCGCACAUAUUCCUACUCGGAGGGGGUGGAUAUAACGACUUAUUGAUGAGUAGAUUUUACACGUACUUGACCUGGUGUGUUGCGAAGCAAUUUUCCGCAAUACAAUAUCAAGACAAUGAUUUAAGCCAAGAUGAUCCCUUUAAUAUUCAUGAAGAUGAUGAUUCUGAACAACUUAUAAAAGAGCAUGAGUUCGUAGAAAUGUACAACGAAGAGAACUACCAGUAUUGGAUAUAUGAGAUGGAAGGUAGUUCUCGGAUGAAGACAUUAAGAAAUGACAAUAAGGUCGAAGAUAUAGUCGAACUCAUGGAAUUUUAUGGACUGUAA